AUAUUCAUGUCGGAUUCACUUUGCGGAUUCACCUAGGAAAUACAGUCCCUUCUGUUGGUUCCUCUCCUUCUUCUUCUUCUUCAACUACCAUCUCAGAAUUGUCAGAUAAGCCUUUGCUCUGGGGAAUUUAGCUCUUCUAUCUGUAGAGGAGUGUGGCACUCAGAAGCUAUUGGUUGGUAAUUGCAGUCCUAUCUGGCUCAUCAGUACAACAGUCACCAUAAUCUUCCUCAGUUGAUGAUUUUCUGCUGUUAGUUGGGUUCUUGUUUCAAGAUGAACAACCAGUACGGUGAAGAGCAUGAUGAAGCAACUGUUGCGGGAUUCGAAGUUCCAGACUCACCAGAUUCAAGUUACAACAACGCGUACCCUGGUAAUGAAGAUGAGGCACGGGACCCACCUGUUGUCCCUACACAUCUGCAAAACACCUUGCUUAGCUACCCAGCAAGCAGAGAUGCUGCUGGAACUAUUCCAUUACCACAGAAUGUGAUUCUCAACCAUCUUUACAUUGAGAACAGGGAAGCCCCACGAUCGGUAGUGGCUCUCGGUUUCACUCACCGUUUCCGUCAAAAAUUUGUUACAGUUGUGCUUUACAAACCAGUUCAUAGAAGGGGAAGUACAAGUGCUUGACUUGCAUAUAGGAGAGAAAUCAUUAGGUUGCUUUGUUUGACCUUGUUAUGAUGCCAUUAAUCAUGAUUGACCCAAAUACAAAAUUAGCCGUGAAGGAUAUUUAUUGCGUCACAGCAACUGAUGCACUAGAUUUGUUUUAUUAAAGUUCUGUUUAGACUUGAGUCACUGAUAGUGUCAUGACUCAUGAAAGGCUAGACUUGCUACACACACUGUUUUCCUCCCAUUAUUUUUUUUCUCACUUUUAUAUGGUAUUGGUUGAGCUAUUAUGCUUACCAUGAAAUGUGAGAAUUCAUUUGUAAUGCGUGGUAUUAUAUGCAUGCAUACGUGGAAAUUAUUUCCGGGGCAGGUCUAUGUAGAUUAGCAUGCCUUUCCUGAUGACAAAAUAUUCUCGUUUUGGUUGUA